AGGAAUGCACCUGGCAAAGCUCUGUUUUCAACAUGUUGUUUUGCGCUAUUUGCCAUACCGGUAUAGGAAAACGUGAUUGGGCGAUGCCUUAAGUCGCAAUCUCUUGUUGUUUUCAAGCCUACGGUGUGCCCAAGGAAGUGCGCGAUCAGGUUCCGGGAAGCUAAAGUGGAAGCGAAACGUUAAUUAAAUAAUGAUUAUUAAAAAGGCCUAAAUUUCAAGAUUAUCCUCCUGCCCAGAUGCCGGGGCCCAGUCAACCUGACAAUGCCGUCGGCAACUCCCUUUCGAGCAAGGUACAUGCUGCCCCUUUCGUUCCUGGGACACCAUUCCAGUCGAAAGGAUCACCUGCUGGAGGCAGCUUUCCAGAGUCAGCGUUGAAAGCGCAACCGUUUGUGCCUGGCUCGGGGUCAGGAGGUAGCAAUGCCGUCGGCAAGGGUCAAGUGCACAGCGGACAGGGGACUCCUGGCAGCGCUGGUCGGGCAGCCGCACCUACCAAACUAGCGGCCAACGCCGCUGCGUUUGUACCGAAGCAGUCUGACGGCAGCGCCGUUAAAGGCGGGCGCGGGCUUGGGUCCUCUGAUGCGCUGGCGGGAAUGGAUGGCGCUGCCUCGGCAAGCAGCUCAGGUGCUGGUGGCGUCAGGCCGGGUGGCACUCCUCCUGCCGCUGCAUCCUCCCCAGCUCCUUCUCCCUCACCAGCCGGGGGUCGUGGCUCCGCGGGCCGCGGCGGCCGAGGCGGCAACGGCAGUGGCGGGGGUGCAGGCGCAGGCGUGCCGCCGCCCUCCCCCGGCCAGUUCCAGCCGGGUAGGGGCGCCAGCAAUGGCACAGGGAGAGGCGCGGGCCGAAACCCGCCGGCGGCGGCCAACGCCAGCAGCACCGGCAUCAGCGGCGGGAGCCCGGGUCCCAUGGCAGGGAGAGGCGGUCGGGGCGGCCGAGGCGCAUCCGCGGGUGGGGGCUACAUGAGCCCGGGUGCUGGCGGCAUGCACCACCCGGGCACGGGGCCUGUGAUGGGGGGUGGCAGCUUUGGCAGCCCCGUGAACUCUAUGGCCAUGGCGGCGUACGGCAGUGGGGGCGGCAGCCACCUGCCGUCGUACAGGACACGCGACUUGUACCUUGCAGGCCCAGGGCGUGUGUACGUGGGGCAUCAUUUCGUGGAGGAGGGGCUGCGGCAGCAGCUGCAGAGCCGGGCUUACAUGACUGCGGCGCAGUGGCACGAUGAGUCGGACGAGUCGGGUGUGACUCCGCCCUUCCGACUGGGCCCCUACCACACGCUGUACCCGCUUGAGGAGGGCGCAAUGGGGCCGUCCGCGGCGGCAGGGGCGGGCGGUGCGGGCGACAUGCCCUCCGCCGCCCUGGGGCUGCACACCUCGCUUGUCAAGGGGAUCAGCUCCGUUGACGGGAGCGCGGCAGCGCUGAGGCGGGUAGACCCCAAGCAGGUGAUUCCCACUACUGAGCUCCUGACGCGGGCGCGCGAGGCGGUUGAGAUGUGGGCCCCGCUGGCCAACCACCCCAACCUGGUGGGGCUCCGCGCCGCCUUCAUCGCCUCCGACAGCCUCACCCAGCCGCCGCAGCAGCCGGGGCAGCAGGGCGGCGGCGACGGCGUGAGUGCGCUCGUGUUCGCGCAUGACUUCUACCCCGGGGCCAUGACGCUGGCCGCAGCACAUCUGGUGCCCCAGAUGUCCGCAGCUGGGCUGGUGUCGGCUCCGCAGCCGCCGCCGGAGGAGGUCAUUUGGAGCUACGCGGUGCAGAUCACCUCGGCGCUCCGGGCGGCGCACGGCUGCGGGUUGCUGCUGCGGCCUGCCUGCCUGCACCCGUCCAAGGUGCUGUUGGCGGGGUUCGGUCGGCUGCGGGUUGGCAGCGUGGGCAUCGUGGACGCCAUGAUGGGUGGAGACCAGCCGGGGCCUGAGGAGCUGCAGAUGCUCAUGCGGCAGGACAUCUCGGCCAUGGGCAGCCUGCUGCUGACGUUGUGCUGCGCCGGCGCGGGUCCCGCUCCCUCCCUGGACCUGGUAGCCGCGCACUACUCGCCGGAGCUGGUGCGGCUGCUGGGGGCGCUGCUGGCUGCUGCGGAGGGAGGCCCGCUGGGCAGCUGGCGGGGGCUGGUGGCGGCGCUGGCGGACCGGGCAUUCACGGAGCUGGACGGCGCGGGAGUGGCGUUGGAUCACACGGUUGGCGAGCUGGCCAAGGAGGCUGAGAACGGGCGGCUGCUGCGGCUGCUGGCCAAGAUCAACUUCGUCACCGAGCGCCCCGCGGACGGCGGCAACGGGCAGGACGGGGACUCCUCCUGGUCUGAGACGGGCGACCGCUACGUGCUGAAGCUCUUCCGCGACUUCGUGUUCCACGCGGCCGCCCCCGACAGCGGCGCACCGCUGCUGGACUGGGGGCUGGUGGCGGAGGCACUCAAUAAGCUGGACGCCGGGGUGCACGAGGAGCUGCUGCUGCUGAGCCGGGACGGGCAGUCCAUGCUAGUGGUCACGUACGCGGACGUAAAGCGCUGCUUGGAGAGCGCCUUUUCGGAAUUGAAGGCCGCAGUCAACGCGGCCGCCUCCAGUUCCAACAACACGGCGGGGCGCGGCGGCCAGCAGCCCUCACGCAGCCCCAUGAUGCGCGCUUGAGGGCUGCAGGGCUCGGUCCAAACUCCGCUGCGUCCACACGCCGCUCUGUGCAAACUCCGCUGGGACGCUGUGCGUUGGUCAUGCGUACGGCUUUUGCGGCUGGGAGGUAGAAUGGACAUGUCUGCUGCCGCGAGAAGGUUGCCGAGCGCUGUGACGGGUUCAUCCGCGCGGCGCCAGGGGGCCUUGAUGGUUGGGGCUUUGGUAAGGACUGGGUAGCCUUAUCAGGAGCGGGUAGGAGGCUGGCUGUACGACAAAGCCACCGACUGUAACGAACUAACCGUGCGGUGACCGCAAACAC